GUGCCCGCCAAGGACGAGCCGGGCCGCCAGGAGAAGAUGAGCAUCUACCAGGCCAUGUGGAAGGGCGUGCUGCGGCCCGGCACGGCCCUGGUGCUGCUGGAGGCGCAGGCGGCCACCGGCUUCGUCAUCGACCCCGUGCGCAACCUGAGGCUGUCCGUGGAGGAGGCCGUGGCCGCGGGCGUGGUGGGCGGCGAGAUCCAGGAGAAGCUGCUGUCGGCCGAGCGCGCCGUCACCGGCUACACCGACCCCUACACCGGGCAGCAGAUCUCCCUCUUCCAGGCCAUGCAGAAGGACCUCAUCGUGCGGGAGCACGGCAUCCGCCUGCUGGAGGCCCAGAUCGCCACGGGCGGCGUCAUCGACCCCGUGCACAGCCACCGCGUGCCCGUGGACGUGGCCUACCGGCGCGGCUACUUCGACGAGGAGAUGAACCGCGUCCUGGCGGACCCCAGCGACGACACCAAGGGCUUCUUCGACCCCAACACGCACGAGAACCUCACGUACGUGCAGCUGCUGCGCCGCUGCGUGCGUGACCCGGACACCGGGCUCUACAUGCUGCAGCUGGCCGGCCGGGGCUCCGCCGUGCACCAGCUGAGCGAGGAGCUGCGCUGUGCCCUGCGUGACGCCCGCGUGACGCCGGGCUCGGGAGCCCUGCGGGGCCAGAGCGUCUCGGUCUGGGAGCUCCUCUUCUACCGCGAGGUGUCCGAGGGCCGGCGCCAGGACCUGCUGAGCAGGUACCGGGCGGGCACGCUGACCGUGGAGGAGCUGGGCGCCACCCUCAUUUCGCUGCUGGCGCAGGCCGAGGCUGAGGCCGGAGCCGGGAGCCCGCCCCCAGACCCCCGGGAGGCCCUGCGCGCGGCCACCAUGGAGGUCAAGGUGGGCCGCCUCCGGGGGCGUGCGGUGCCCGUCUGGGACGUGCUGGCGUCCGGCUACGUGAGCGGGGCCGCCCGGGAGGAGCUGCUGGCCCAGUUUGGCUCGGGGACGCUGGCCUUGCCCGCGCUGACCCGCCGGCUGACCGCCAUCAUCGAGGAGGCCGAGGAGACCCCCGGAGGCGGGCAGGAGCGCCAGGACGCCUCGCGUGGCCCUCGGGACCCGGGGCCAGCCGGGCAAGGGGACGGUGAGUCCGGGCGCUCCCCGGACAAGGCCGAGGCCGCCCGCCGCCAGGAGCAGACCCUGCGGGGCGCCACCAUGGAGGUGCAGCACGGGCAGUUCCAGGGGCGGCCGGUCUCCGUGUGGGACGUCCUCUUCUCCUCGUACCUGAGCGAGGCCCGCAGAGACGAGCUCCUGGCCCAGCACGCGGCCGGCGCCCUGAGCCUGCCUGACCUCGUCGCCGUCCUCACCCGGAUCAUCGAGGAGGCCGAGGAGCGGCUCAGCAAGGUGUCCUUCCGUGGCCUGAGGCGCCAGGUGUCCGCCUCCGAGCUGCACACGUCCGGGAUCCUGGGCCCCGACACCCUGCGGGCCCUGGCCCAGGGCACCAAGACCCUGCAGGAGGUGACAGAGAUGGACUCGGUCAAGCGCUACCUGGAGGGCACCAGCUGCAUCGCGGGCGUCCUGGUGCCCGCCAAGGACGAGCCGGGCCGCCAGGAGAAGAUG